UAACCAUUCUUGUCCCGCCUCUAUCGGAGUUCUUCCGGAGAUAAUAUACAGUAUUUGUAGGGUGUUCGGCUGUUUUCAUGCAUGUUGUAAUAGUUUGCGAAUUCUCUGUUUAUUUCUAGUAUGUCAGCUAAGGAGAGACAGUCUUAUGUAACAUCGCUAGAUUUAUGUCUGCGCUCAAUUCUUUUGUAAGUGCUGGCAGACGCAUGGUCACUAUGGAUAGUGUACGCUGGGCAUUUCGGUGCAGUUCCUGGACUCCAAGUCCUACUGAAUGGUUAUUCGCGGCACGCUGUGUGCAGAGAGAGGAGAAGGAACGAAUUGGACAGUUCGUGUUCGCUAAAGAUGCAAAAUUAGCAAUGGCUGGCCGUCUACUUUUGAGAAAGCUCAUCUGGGAGCGCAUGGGGAUCUCCUGGGACCAGAUCCGUUUCGAGAGAACUGCCAAAGGGAAGCCUUUCUUAGCCAACCCACCCUCUUCCACUGAGGUCUGCAGAUGGAGCUUUAAUGUUUCUCAUCAAGGAGACUUUGCAGUUUUGGCUGCAGAGCAGGGUUGGCAGGUAGGGGUGGACGUAAUGAAGACCACCAUGCCAGGCAGUAGCAGUGUGUCAGAGUUUUUCCGGAUCAUGAGAAGACAGUUCACUGAGCACGAGUGGAUGACCGUCAGGGCAGCAGGACCAGAGUGGACACAGCUGGACUUGUUCCAUCGACAUUGGGCCCUGAAGGAGAGCUUCAUUAAGGCCAUGGGAACAGGACUCGGGUUCGACCUGCAGAGGGUGGAGUUCCACAUCUCCCCUGCGCAGAUGCAGGAGGGUCAGGUGUACAGAGGGACCAGGAUGCUUCUCGAUUGUGAGGAGGAGGAGGACUGGGUGUUUGAGGAGUGCCUGCUGGAUAAACACCACCAUGUAGCGGUAGCACUGGGGAGGCCGAGCAGCAACGCGGCUGAUGACGACCGGCCGGCCUUUCCCCAUGAGUUGCCUUCCACGUUCACCGUGCUGAGUUUCAGCGACCUGGUGUCAGGAGCCUCCCCUCUCACAGAAGAAGACGCCUCCUACUGGGAGAGCUUCCGGAAGAAGCAGGAGGCACCGACCCGCCAGAGCACCUCCCCCCAAUGAGUCCUGGAGUCAUCCUGGGAAAUCCAGACACGUGCCAUACAUCUGCUGGCAAAUGACUGUAAAGAGGAUCACAGUUAAAAACAUUAUAUAGUAAUGCAGAACAGUAUUUAUUUUUAUUAAACUCUUUAUUGCGGAAGUAAAA